GCUUGCGGAAAUCAUAUCUGUCGAUGGAUAAUUUUGUGAUGUGGUGGUUUAUUUAGGAUUGUUGACCUAAUGUUCUAAAAACUCCAGAAUCAAUUUUAUAAAAUAACGUGAACCAUUUCUUAUUAAUGUAAAAUAAGUACUAUGUAGUAAUGUAAAGUGCAGUAUGUUGCUUCUAAAUUAUAUGAAUUCGAUUAAUGUGCGGUUAUUCAAAAAAGCACACCAAUUAAUUAGCUGUUUUUAAUCGCGGCAUUGACAUUCGAUCAAGACGGACUCCAAAGAGUAAAUCUUAUGCUGUUUGUUUUGGCGCCUAUUAAUAGCACGUGUUAUUUUUAUACUUUCGUUUGGCGGAGAGAUGUUUACAUUUUUCCCAUUUUCCGGGAUGCUAAACGAAUCCAACGAGAAUUACUUACGAGCUGGAAAAGAAAAUUUAUUGUUUUUUUUUUUUACUUUCGUGAGACUUUCCUUUUCAGUUUUUUCUUUGCAAACAUGCUACCUUUGCUGGCUUUGGUGAUAUUUGCUGUUCAACCGACCCAUGCGAACUCGCCGGGAGACGCCGUGGCGGUUAAUGAUGUGCGAAAACAGUUGCAAAUCGUGAAGGAUCAACUGGAGCAGUUCAAUACACAAUAUUUCAUAAAUCUGGAGCAACGGAUGCUGACCAUUAUGACGACAAUGACCAGUCUGGAUAGCAAUGUGAAAACUCUACAGGAAAAAUCACAAGUGUGGGAUGUCUUUCAUCAUCAUAUUGGCGCCUGGAGCGAUCACAUAAAAUCCGUUGACAGCAAAUUAGAUCUGUUGAAAAAAUCUCAGGAAAACGUCUCUCCCCAAUUGGAAGCGCGUCUAUCGGGAAUGGACUUCAAGAUUCAGCAUGUUUUUGACAAGGUCGAUGUGAUCAAUGAAAAGCUUCACGAUAUAACCAAAACGGUUUAUGCGCUGUCUAGCAGCUAUCGCAGUCGUCGAAAUGAUCGAGAAAACGCCGACCAAGGAGCUCUGUUAACCAAAAUCUCGAACUUGCAGAAACAGUUGAAUCGACUGGAAGCAAGCACCGCUGGUUGCAACAAGAAAAACGGCAACGGUAAUGGCAAUGGCAAUGGGAAAGCCAAAAAAGAAGUUCAAGAGUUUGACGACGAAGUGGAUGAUUUCCUCGACAAGUUGGCUACUAAGAAAUUGAAAGACCUCGCGGUAAGUCGUAAGCAAAGCCGAUCUCUGGACAGUCUUGCGCAGAUGCUAAGGACGGUUGAAGAGCGCACUGAACGGAUAUACGACCUGGAGGCGAAUCAAUUCGAGCAAAUUCUCAGUUGCUGCAAGCGAACCGAUAGAGAGAUUACAACGUUCACCAACAGUGCCGAUAUUCUGUUGAAGCGCAUCGAACGACUUGUGAUCAAUGUUGAUGGUAAGAUAGAAAAGAGGAACAAUCAGAACUGCGAAAGGAGAGUUGAACCGCCAAGCGAAGAGAUCGAUGAGGUGAUAGCCUCGACAGUAGAGCUGGGGAGUGGUCUAGGAGAUACAAGCAAUUCAGAAAACAAUUUCGAGAGUGUUCCAGUAGAAAGUGAUGAAGCGGAGCUCAUUGUAAACUUCCAUCAGCCUGAAAAUCAAGGGUGUCAUCAAUUGACCGUACGGGAAAGUGGAGUCUACACUUUUGAGCAGUUGCAAUUGAACGAGGCAAAUCGCGAUUUCAAUAGAAGAUACUGUUACUUUGCUACCGAUGGCCCUGCAUGGACAGUUAUUCAGCGUCGGAAAUUACACGAUAUCCAGGAAAACUUCAACCGCACAUGGGCCGAUUAUCGCAACGGGUUCGGAGAUCUAAGUCACGAGUUCUGGUUUGGAAACGCAUUUAUUCAUAAGUUAACGUAUGAUGACAACUUGGAACUCAGAGUCGAAUUGGAAGACUUUGAUGGAAAUACAGCUUAUGCUGAGUAUAAGCAGUUCAGAUUAGAUUCGGAAAAAUUUGGAUACAAUUUGAUGGUGGCGGAUUACCAAGGUGACGCAUCGGACUCAAUGGCCUAUCAUAACGAUCGAGAUUUCAGCACAUUUGACAAACCGGAUGCAUUUUCAUGUGCCAUUACUUAUGGAAGCGGUUGGUGGUUCAACAGCUGUUUGGAAUCCAAUUUGAAUGGAAUUUAUUAUACGUCCGAUCCAAGGGCUCAUCGAUCAACUGGAAUUCUUUGGGAAACGUGGCUUGGAGACUAUUCCUUGAAGUCUACGAUCAUGAUGGUCCGCCCCAGAGAGUCUUCUGAGGACGAAGAUAGGCAACCGCAGGAUCCGUGAACGAAUAUUUGGUAACCCAGGCAAAAAAAUCCAUUUGUUUGGAAAACGUGUCCCCUUUUUAAAGUCUGGUUUUAACUGUAUAACGUGUUUGAACCUGAUAAUAGAAA